ACAAGCACUAGCUAGCAAGUAGCAACCCCUCCACUGAAACACCAUUAUCAAAGCCUCAUAAAUAGAGUUGGCCCUUCCUACCCAUAUUGGAUUAAAUUUCUUCUUCAGAGUUAAUUCAGAUCUCCAUGUUCAACGAAUCCUUCAUUCAAAUAAAUUCUUUGGAGUUUAAUUGGACUAUACUAUAGUAAGCACAUAUUUCCUCUUCAAUUUCUUCAAAUCACAGGUGAUUGCAGGUGUACACGUGGCGGCAGGGAGAGAAGAGAAGAGAAAUCAGAACAUGAAGAAGAGUUCUAGGGUGGCAGAUGAGAACAUGCUUGAUGCAGGGAGCAGAGGAAGAAGACAACAUGGGUGGAGUGGAUUUUCAGUUAUUUAUACAAUUAUCCAAGCUUCCAUAUCAAUUCUUUCAUGUGUCUCAAUUCCACAUGUUAAUGGGGGUGAUGGGGUUUGGGCCAGUGGUGAAUUUACACCAAUUUCUGAGGUGAAUCAUAUUAUGGUAAAUGAAAGCAUGAGAUAUGCAAUUUUGAUGUAGAAAAUGUGAAUAAUGUUGUUGCUCUAGACCACAUCUCUCCUCUACUCUCCUAUAUGAUCUUUUUUUCUUUGUAAUACUCUGGAUCACGAAUGAGGUAAUUACUAAUUAGUCGGUGUAGGCACAUAAGUUAUCUGCUUUUCUUCAAA